UUUUCCUCCCCCUGCUUUGGAGGCCCAGGCUCAGGGCCAAUUAUAAGUAGGAAACCAAUUUGAAGGAAAGAAGUUGGAAACGAGUUAGGGUGCCAGGUCCUGGGAGAGAGCAGCAGCCCCAUCUGAGGCCUGCCUGGGCCUCUGACAGACUCAGGUGCUUGUUUUAAAGGGAAAGGGCUUCCAGAAUUUACCAACAGCGAGCCAGCUAGGAGGUGAGAGAGGUACUCCCCCAACAGGCCAUCAGAGGGAGGGGAAAUGACAGAGAGCACAGUAUGCUCUUAGCAUUUUUAUUUUUUAAAGAUUUUAAAUGAUUCUUCAAAGCCAAACAGCAGCAAAGUGUGGGUUUAAAAGGGCUUUUCCCGAUGGCUAGAAUGAGGUUGCUCUCUUGCUAACCACGCGGAGAGGGAACCCACUAUGCCCCCGUUGAUCAUCCUCUCCCAGUUCCUUCUCGCUGGUCAUAAGACCACGCUCAUCAAUCCCACCUAAGGCCAAGGCCAGGAGCCCAGCCCUCGGUGGGAACGGGGGUAGAACAGCCCUCCUCUUCUGCCCCCAAGACCAGAGAGGACUCUUGGGAGCCAAGAAAGGUUUAAGAAGUCUUCCUGGACAGAUGCCGUGCGUAGUGAGGACCAAAGGCGCUCCGGGCAGAGCAGGUCCAGGGGCGCGGAGAAGAGAUAGGGCCACCAUGGGCCUUCUUCAGGGCCUUCUUGGAGCAAGGAACCUGCUGUUGGUCGUCUGCGUUCCGCUGCUGCUGCUGCCUCUGCCCAUCCUCCACCCCAGCAGCGAGGCUGCGUGUGCUUAUGUUUUGAUCGUGACCGCUGUGUACUGGGUGUCUGAGGCAGUGCCUCUCGGAGCUGCAGCCCUAGUGCCUGCCUUCCUCUAUCCGUUCUUUGGAGUUCUCCGAUCCAGCGAGGUGGCAGCCGAGUAUUUCAAGAACACCACUCUGCUGCUGGUGGGUGUCAUCUGCGUGGCAGCCGCCGUGGAGAAGUGGAACCUGCACAAGAGAAUUGCCCUGCGCAUGGUCUUGAUGGCCGGAGCCAAGCCGGGCAUGCUGCUGCUCUGCUUCAUGUGCUGCACCACGCUGCUGUCCAUGUGGCUCUCCAACACCUCCACCACGGCCAUGGUGAUGCCCAUCGUGGAGGCCGUGCUGCAGGAGCUGGUCAGUGCCGAGGAGGAGCAGCUCGUGGCGGGCAACUCCAGCGCCGAAGAGGCCGAGCCCAUCAGUCUCGAUGUAAACAACCAACCAUCUCUGGAACUCAUCUUUGUCAAUGAAGACACGUCAGCUGCAGACUUCACUUCUCUGAUGCAAAACAAGAACCUGAAUGGUGUGCCCACGAUCACCAACCCCCUCAGAACAGCAAACCAACGCCAAGACAAGAAGCAGCCAUCCCAGGAAAAGCCACUUGGCCUUACCCCCAGCCCCAGGAAUCAGAAGUUGAACAGAAAGUAUAGGUCCCAGCAUGACCAAAUGAUCUGCAAGUGCCUCUCUCUGAGCAUUUCCUACGCUGCUACCAUUGGCGGCCUGACCACCAUCAUUGGCACCUCCACCAGCCUCAUAUUCCUGGAACACUUCAACAACCAGUACCCAGCCGCAGAGGUGGUCAACUUUGGUACCUGGUUCCUCUUCAGCUUCCCCAUAUCCCUCAUCAUGCUGGUGGUCAGCUGGUUCUGGAUGCAUUGGCUGUUCCUGGGCUGCAACUUUAAAGAGACCUGUUCUCUGAGCAAGAAGAAGAAGACCAAAAGGGAAGAGUUGUCAGAGAAGAGAAUCCAAGAGGAAUAUGAAAAGCUGGGAGACAUCAGCUACCCUGAAAUGGUGACUGGAUUUUUCUUCAUCCUGAUGACCGUACUGUGGUUUACCCGGGAGCCUGGUUUUGUCCCUGGCUGGGACUCCUUCUUUAAAAAGAAAGGCUACCGCACUGAUGCAACAGUCUCUGUCUUCCUUGGCUUCCUCCUCUUCCUCAUUCCAGCAAAGAAGCCCUGCUUUGGGAAAAACAAUGACGGUACAAGCCGGGAGUCCUCCCUACAGUCUGAGCCCAUCAUCACAUGGAAGGACUUCCAGAAAACCAUGCCCUGGGAGAUUGUCAUCCUGGUAGGAGGAGGCUAUGCCCUGGCUUCCGGCAGCAAGAGCUCUGGUCUUUCUACGUGGAUUGGGCACCAGAUGUUAUCCUUGAGCAGCCUGCCGCCAUGGGCUGUCACCCUGCUGGCAUGUAUCCUGGUGUCCAUAGUCACAGAGUUUGUGAGCAACCCAGCCACCAUCACCAUCUUCCUGCCCAUCCUGUGCAGCCUGUCUGAAACGCUGCACAUUAACCCACUCUACACCCUGAUCCCAGUCACCAUGUGCAUCUCCUUUGCAGUGAUGCUGCCUGUGGGCAAUCCUCCCAAUGCCAUCGUCUUCAGCUAUGGGCACUGCCAGAUCAAAGACAUGGUGAAAGCUGGCCUGGGAGUCAAUGUCAUUGGCCUGGUGAUAGUGAUGGUGGCCAUCAACACCUGGGGCGUUAGCCUCUUCCACCUGGACACUUUUCCAGCCUGGGCGAAGGUCAAUAACAUCACCAAUCAGGCCUAACACAAGUGGACAACCUGGCUCAGUUGAAGGAGUUGCGCUGAGCACAACUUGAACCACAGGCAAAGAAAAUUACCAGGAGCAUGCCCCAGAAACACACUGAAGGCAGCGGUGCCAGAAGAUCCUGCCAUCUAAAUCUUGAAGUGCAGGGACCCUGCAAUCACCACAGGCAUGGGCUGGGCGGUUGAUGUCUUCUUCCCUGGCUGCCUACCUGCCUUAGCAUCACAGCUCAAGAAACCAAAAACUGAUCUUUCUUCCUUGGGUCCAGUCUUUCCAAUCUACUCUUCCUAAGACAGGAAAAAAAGAAAGCCUGUCUUAAUUGCCCCUGAAGGGCGAAGCCUCUCAAACUGACUGGCCUCACUAGGUUUUGUUAUUUGUAGUGCCUCCUUAGGAGUUGAAGGAGAUAUGCACAUCGUUCUACCUAUCCAGAUGGUGAAAAGAGCAACUCUCUUUUGGGGGAACCUUACCCAGAACUUGAGCCAUCUCAAGUUUUCUAUCCUAAGUUCUCUUCACAAAAAAAAGCCUCUUUUUAUUACUAUCUUGAUUCAGUUUUAAAAAAUGGCUUCCAUCUUUCCAAUGGCUCCCCUUUGACACCAAAUUCUGUAAAGAAAUAGUGUUCCUCUUUAGAAGAAAAGCUGGUAUUAUUCACUUUAUCAAAGGAGAAGGAAGUAGAAAAAAGACACAUUGAAUUAGCUUCUUUCUCCACUAACUGGAAAUACCAUUGCCUUGGCUACAGGUGGGGAGGGAGGGAAAACAUUCAUACCUGUCUUGUUAGGGAGACCAAAACUAUAAUUAAGACCACAUCACUUUUAUUGGUAUCAUGCUGGCUUGCUUCUGGAUUUAAUGAGUAGUUCAUUUCUGAGAAGACAAAGUAUGUAAGUACAACCCAAAGGUCCAACAUGCCAAUCACUUCUUUCCUGUUGGUAAGCCCCCUGAGGGGAAGGAGAUACCUGCAUCUCUUGAAUUCCCCUGGCAACUUCUAUGAUGUAGUAAGCUGUACCUGUUCAAUAAAUGCUCCCAAUAAGAUUCACUCUGCAAGGCAAGGCCUUAUUCCUCCUGUAGAUCAAGCAAUUUUUUUCAUGAGAUGUCCUUGUUGCAUGGCUGGAUAUAGCUCUCUAUCCCUCCAAGUUUGUUGUCAUUGAGUAUUUCCAAUUUCAACAGUCAGUUGCUUACUUAAUACUUCUUAAGGAAAAAAUAGUCCCCCAUAGUUUUGCACUGUAGUAAUAAUUUUAAGAUACUGUCAAUAUCAUGUGCAGUUUUCCCAAAAUAAUUUAUCUAUAAAAUCACUUCUUUAGUUUAUCAAGUGUCUGAGUUAUAAAGUUGUUUUGUUUUUGUUUUGGAUUUUUUUUUUUUUUUUGUAUGUGUGUGUGCCAGUUAACACACUCCAACCACAGAGGGGCUAGAACAAAUCCCCUGUGGAUUCAAAAUGUGAUUGGCCAUGUCUAACUGGGAAUGUUACUGCUUUUGUCCUGCUUAUUAGCUUAGUGGAUAUCUGGCCAAUUUUAAAAGUAAAGAUCUCAGGGAUCAAAUGAAAUGCCCAUUGUUAGGUAUGCUACAACUGGUUUGAUCAAGUCAGCAUCCCUCCAAUCAAUCUGCUUCAAAGGUCAGGGUGUUGUUACUAUUGUCAAGGCAGCCAAAUCAUCAUAUUUCUCAACCCUACACAGACCCUAUGCCAAGUCAGAAAACAAGACAAAGGCACAGAAAAUCAGUAAGAUUCCAGGAGUGUAAGUAUAAAGAGAGAAUAAGUUGACUCAGAACUAAGUAUAAAGAGAAUAAGAUGACUUAGAACUUAAGUGGAUUACUGGCCACUGUUCAGCACUGUUCAGCUACUUGGGACCCUGAGUCACUGCUAAAGGGGAAGCAGCGCCAAUUUCCCACUGCAGCUGCAGCCAAUGCUCCAUUAGCAGAAUGUAUUCAUCCCACUGGUUUAGAAAGCUCAUUUGUUUCCAUCUGUUCUACUGGCUGCUCUUAAGAACAGUACCAUUUUUUCCUAAAUCCAGAUUCAAGUCAAAUGAGAUUGCCCAUUCCAGUGACAGGAAAUGGAAAAUAUAAUUAAUAACACCUAGGAGUUAUUAAUUAUUAAGGUGCAGUGAUUCAUGACUGUAAUCCCAGUGACUCAGAAGGCUAAGGCAGAAGGACUGAGUUCAAAGUCAGCCUCAGCAACUUACUGAGACCCUAAGCAACUUAUAGAGACCCUGUCUCUAAAUAAAUUUUAAGGGCUGGGAAUAUGGCUCAGUGGUUAAGCACCCCUGGGUUCAAUCUCCAGUACCAAAACAAAAACAGAAACAAAAAAACUCCUUGUCCUCCCAUUGUUGGAUAAUUUUUAGCCCUUCUCAGUAGUCUUGUCUCUUCAUAUUAUUUGAUUUUUAUCUUUUAAUGUACAUGGAUGAAAAAGCUUUAGAUGAUCAUCUUAUACCAGGUAAUUUUCCUGAUGAUGAAACUGAGAGUGAGGGCCACUUAGUUGCAUCUUACUCUCAAGUCAAUUACAUAUUAAAUUUGCUCAGUCAAGGUUGUCUUUGAAAUUCCUUUAAGUCACCAAAGUACAUGGUAUACAGUCUUACACUGGCAUUUACAUGUCACAAAGACUCAUAUUCCAUCAUGUUUCAAUUUUUAAAAAUUGCUACUUUUCCCUUCAAUGUCAGAAUAGAUCCCUAUUUUCUUUAGCUGAACAUCAAAUGAAGUAUAGCUGCCCUCUGUAUCCACAGGUUUUGCCUUAGUAGCUUCAAUCAUACUGGACUGAAAAUAUUUUUUAAAAAUUGCAUCAGUACUGAGCAUGCAGACUUUGUUCCCUGUCAUUAUUUACAUAGCAUUUACAUUGUAUUGUUAUAAGUAAUCCCAAGUACACAGGAGGAUGUUAUGGGUUAUAUGAGGAUAUUAUACCAUUGCAUAUAAGGAACUUGAGCAUCUGCAGAUUUUGGUGUCCAUGAGUGAGGAGGGGGGCUAGAACAAAUCCCCUGUGUAUACCAAAUGAAUAUAGCUGGCCAUUUGCAUGUGGGGACUACAUUGUUUGAAAAAAUAUUUCUAUGAACAUCCCACCAUAUUGCCAAGAUGCUUAAACCAUUAGAAGACAAAGGGAACUGAGACCCUGACUACACUGGUAGCUUACCCUGGGGCUGCCCUCACUGAAGGAAUGCUGAGCACAUCUCAACUGUUUACAUGGCACCUUUCUUUUGUCCCAGUUCUGAACAACUGUACAUGUAUGACAGUGUGACUCCACUUUCACACAGUCCUAUCACUGAGGCAGUGAUUUUAGCAGGCCCAGGACCCAGGUUUUGCAACACUCCAUCCUUGGUGGGCACUUUCCACAAAAUCUCCCUUUUCUCAGUUCUCUUUUCUUAUCCAGUGCCUUGUAGAACAAGCCACCCACCCAUUAGGACUUUAGUACCUAACUGAAUGUUGCAACCAAAUUUAGGAAAAGUAUAAGCUGAACAUUUAAAAUUUUAAGUGUCACAUAUUCCCUAUAGGCAAGCCUCAAAAUAUUUUCCUUUUACUGCCCUGUUUCUUUCCAUUAGGCAAGGCCCUAAAGUGGAGAAAAAGAAUCCAUUCAUCUGCAUAAGGAAUGGCAAUGCUACGUGCAAAACCCAGACUGGACGUUUCAGAAGUCUCAUUUGCUCCAGUAUAGUAUACAGUGUUCCUUCAGGAGGAAUAGCUCAGAAAAAGCACUUAAAUAUGGGAAACCUCAGCAGAAAAACAAACACCAUUACAGUAUCUAGGGCGUGAACUGCUCACUGGAAAUGAAAACAUUACACAUAUACAUAUGAACUAAUAUGUACAGACAACUAGGAAAGCCACACAGCUUCUCUGUAGUUAUACAGAUGAAAACUGAAUUAGAAAAAUAAAAUUGCUUCUUUAACUGAGCAGAUAACUGCCUAAUUCUGUAAAAUACCAAAUAAAAAAAGUCUACAGAUGUCAA